GGCAAUCGGUUGUUUUCUCGUUUGUCACUGACCACCGUGUAAGGGAAUUUUGUAAUAUUGAGAACUGAUAAAUUUCUCGAAUGGAAUAUCGGUGGAAUUAACGAUCGCUCACUCAUGAUACGGGUAGGUUAUAGUGGGCUUCAGGAACCGUACGAAUUGUUUUGUGUAUUUAGCCGUGUUAACGUUAGAUAAUAAUAUUAUGUUCGUGUUGUGAAUAGAUUAUCUGGCGGUAAAAACUUAAAAACACGUUACUCUGUCGGUUUUUGUUGAUUACCCAUAACAUUUGUUCAGAAAAACAAAAAAUUCAGUAUAAUUAAAGUUUGUCACUAUAAUCCUGACUGGUUGUUCAGUUAAUGUUACUGAAAUAAACGCAUGAAUCCGCAAUCUGGUACAUGGCCACAAAAAUCGAUGAGAACCCGAUUAAACGGUACAAACCUUCCAGUCCGACACCUCAGUUGAGAUACAGUCAAGGAAACGGCAAUAGUAUAAUGGGUCCAGAUAUGGAUAUAUCAAUUGAUAAUAAUUUAGAUUCUGAAAAAAUUGCCAUUUUGGAUGCUGGUGCUCAAUAUGGGAAAGUAAUUGAUCGGAAAGUUAGAGAACUAUGUGUAGAAAGUGUUAUGUUGCCAUUGCAGAUUUCAGCAUUAACAUUAAAAGAGCAAGGAUAUAAAGCUAUAAUUAUAUCUGGAGGGCCAAAUUCAGUUAAUGCUGCAGAUGCACCAACAUAUGAUCCAGAUAUAUUUCGAAUUGGAUUACCAGUUUUAGGAAUAUGUUAUGGUAUGCAAAUGAUGAAUAAAGAAUUUGGGGGACAGGUAGAAGCAACUAUAGGUCGAGAAGAUGGCAUAUAUAAUGUUGAUGUUGACUCACAAUGUUUACUUUUCAAGUCUUUAGCAAAAACCCAGAGUGUUCUACUCACACACGGAGAUCAUGUCACAAAAGUAGCUGACACAUUUAAAGUGAUAGCUACAUCUAACAAUAUGGUUGCUGCUAUUGGCAAUGAUAGCAAAAAGUUGUAUGGACUUCAAUUUCAUCCAGAGGUUAAUUUAACCGAAUCUGGGACUAAAAUGUUAAAGACAUUUUUAUAUGACAUUGCUGGGCUUUCGGGGACGUUCACUAUAAGAAGUCGUGAAGAAGAAUGCAUUAAAUAUAUAAAAGACUAUGUUGGCCUGAAUAAAGUAUUAGUACUGUUAAGUGGAGGUGUAGAUUCAACAGUUUGUGCAGCUCUUGUAUGUCGAGCAUUAAAUCCACAACAAGUAAUAGCUGUACAUAUAGACAAUGGGUUUAUGCGCAAAUAUGAAAGUGAACAAGUAAUGCAAUCAUUAACAACCAUUGGGCUUGAUGUCAAAGCUGUAAAUGCUACAUUUGACUUUAAGUAUGGAACUACUAUUCUACCCGAUUUACAUGUCGCAAAUCGUACUAGAGUGUCUGCCCCAUUGUGUCAGGUUAGCAACCCAGAAGAAAAGAGAAAAAUAAUCGGUGACGUUUUUGUUAAGACGGCAGACAAGUUCCUGAAAUCAUUAAACUUAUCAUCCGAACAUGUUAUAUUUGCUCAAGGCACUCUUAGACCUGACUUGAUAGAAUCUGCUUCCCGAUUAGCCAGUAAUCAUGCUGAUACCAUAAAAACACAUCACAAUGACAGCAAAUUAAUACGAGAGUUAAGGGACAAAGGACGUGUUAUCGAACCUUUACAAGAUUUCCAUAAAGAUGAAGUUAGAAGAUUAGGAAUGGAUUUGGGUCUUAGUGAGAGUAUUGUGUACAGACAUCCAUUUCCAGGGCCUGGCUUAGCCAUUCGUGUGAUAUGUGGCGAUGAACCUUUUAUAGAAAAAGAUUUUUCUGAAACUCAAGUUUUAGUUAAAAUUGUUGUAGAGUACAAUGACAUGGUUUUAAAGAGUCAUGCACUUUUAAAUCGAAUAGAAAAUGCCACUUCAGAAAAUGAACGCAAUAUUUUGAGAGAAAUUUCAUCAAAACAAAAAAUGGCUGCCACAUUGCUGCCAAUCAAAAGUGUUGGGGUCCAAGGUGAUAAACGUACUUAUAGUUAUGUGGUAGCCAUAUCUUGUACAGAAUCUGACCCUGUUUGGGAAGACUUAAGUUAUUUAGCUAGAAUAAUACCUAGAGUAUGCCACAAUGUCAAUAGAGUAUGUUAUGUUGCUGGUCCACCUGUAGUUUUUCAAGUAUUGGACAUAACAAACACAUAUCUAAAUAGCAGUGUAAUAAAUUUGUUAAAAGAAGCUGAUUAUGUUGUAAACAAGGUACUAGCAGAAUGUCCAAUUAGCAUGCGAAAAGUAAGCCAGAUGCCUAUAAUUCUCAUACCAGUUCAUUUUGAUCGAGAUAUUGCAUACCGGCAUCCUUCAUGUCAACGUUCCAUUGUCAUCAGACCGUUUAUCACUGAAGAUUUUAUGACUGGAAUACCUGCUUUGCCUGGAAAACAUAUACCUGCUGUGUUGGUACAAAAAAUGAUGGCUGCUGCUCAAGAAAUACCCGGAAUAUCUCGAGUGUUGUACGACUUGACACCAAAACCUCCAGGUACUACUGAGUGGGAAUAAAAAGUUGUUUAUCUUUAUGAAAGACCAAAGUAUCCUGGUCAGAACAUUUGGAACUUGCGUUUCAUAAUCUACCAAAUACAAAAAAAAAAUAGAAGUCAACGUUCAUUGCUCAUUGGUGAUAUCAACAGUUUAAGACUCGUACUACUAUGUUACUACAAUUCUUCUAUUCUAAUUCCUAAGAAUAAAUUACUUUACAACAUUACUCUCAGAUUCUUAAUUAAUUGAGCUAUUAUUUAUUUGUAACAAGACAAGAGUGGUCUUGAUUGUUAUUUGUAUAC